AUGCUUUUCCGUCCACAAAGUCUCAUUCUUCUUGCCCUUGUGCCCUCAAUUCUCGCUUUACCGCAAUACGGUAGCUACGGGAACUAUGGGGACUAUAAGCUUGGUGAUUAUGGGUCUUAUCCCUCGCCACCGCCCUCAGGGGCAGCAAAUCCGUAUGGUAGCUACGGCGACUAUGGUGCUUACAAGCGUGAUCCUACAGCAGCUCCCAUGAAGAGGAAGGAAGCCAGCCCUGGAGCUGCACCAGCAGCGGUCGAAAAAAAGGAGGCAGCUCCAGAGCCUGCUCCUGCAGACUACGGCGACUAUGGCAACUAUGGAGACUAUGGAACCUAUAACAUACCUCCACCCGGAGCUGCAAAUCCUUACGGCUCAUAUGGUGACUAUGGAGCCUACAAAGAGUGA